AUGGGAGAGGAUGAAACCGUGGAUGAUUUUCAUGGUAGAAUUUUAAAAAUUACUGGUAAGUGUCGUAGUUUGGGGGCUCCAUUUGAUGAAGAUAAGGUGGUUAAGAAAAUUCUUAGGGCCUUGCCUGACAAGUUUCAUUCGAAAGUUACUAGCAUUGAAGAUUCUUUUGACAUUGAUGACUAUCUGCUAGAUGAACUUAUCGGAAACCUAAAAACCUAUGAGCUCAGACUGAAACCUGAAAAGAAAACUAAGGGUGUAGCUUUCAAGGCGGUGAAAGGAGCAGAACCACUAGAUCUUCUUGAAAACAGUGACAACAAUGUUAAGAAUGGAAAAGGAAAUUUGAAGGAAAAUAAUACUGGCAAAGUCAAAUGCUAUGAAUGUGGUGGCUAUGGCCAUAUUUUCACUGAUUGUGGUAACAGAAAACAUGGAAAUGGCAACAACAAAUCUCUUCUUUCUACAUGGAGUGAUGAUGAAACUCAAGAGAUGGAAAAUGUAGCUUUUGUAUCAUCUCUCUCACUUGAGUCAGAUAGUGAUGGAGGUUCCUCAGAUGAUGAGACCACUGUCCGCUGCAAACAACUCUAUAAAGCGUCAAAAGAUACACUCCUCAAGAAUGCAAAUUUGGAAGAAGAGGUUGAAUUCUUAAAAGCUGAGAAUGAUAAACUGGAACUUAUGCUAAAGAAUUCUCAGACUGCAUGGGAUCAAGAAAGAACCAAGUUCACUGAAGAGCCACUCAACGUGCAAGAAGUCAACAAUUCACUGAAGUGGAAGACAGAACAGGCUGAGCUUAAAGUCAAGAUCAAAGUACUGGAACUUGAGGAAGAACUAAAGUCUACUCAAGAAAAGUUCACAAAAUUUGAAAUAAUCUCGGGUGCAGUAUCAAAAUUAUUUGGUUCAGGAAAAGCCCAUCAUGAUACUUUCAGACUAGGCUACUCUGGAGAAAGUACCAAAAGUACACGAUUUGUAAAAGAGAUGAGUCCAGCGAAAAAUGACCUGGUUACUGAGGUUAUCAAGGAAACCAACACAUUGGGACACAUUAGACCUAGAAGUAAUGAGAGACUUGCAAAACGUUUGCCUGUUGAGGAAAAGUUGUCUGUAGAAGCCUUGCAUAAUGAACUUAGAGAACAGAAAGUGUUCAUUAACAAAUUAGCAAAUCUGAUCGCUAAUGUGCACAUACAGACAACAAAGAAUAAGCCUAUUUGGAUUAGGAAAGAGUCAAAUAAUUGUCUUCUUGAUCACAAUGGUUUAUCUGAUUCACGUAGCACGAUUGAUGCCACUUGUCUCAUGUCAUGUCUAAACACAAAUACCACUACUACACAUAUUGAAGCAACCUGCCUGGUAGCACUCACUGCCUUGGCUGACAAGCGAAGGGACUUCUGGUAUGUUGACAGUGGAUGCUCCAGACACAUGACUGGAGAUAAGACUUGGUUCUCCUCAUUUCAAGAUGAAUGCACUACCGGCUCAGUUACUUUUGGUGAUGGAAGGAAAGCUAAAAUACUUGCACGAGGAACUGUUAAUACUCCUGGAGUGCCUAACCUCAAAAAUGUUCUGUAUGGUGAACGUCUAAUUGCUAAUCUAAUCAGUGUCAGUCACUUGGCUAAUGAUUAUGAGGAUGUUUGGUUCAACAAGCAAAGAUGUGUGGUUCUCGAUAAAAAGGGAGAAAGUAUUAUGGGAGGUAAGAGAUCAUUAGAUAAUUGUUAUCACAUUCAAGCUAAUGAGUCUCUGAAUGUGCAGGCUUGCUUCUCCGUAAGAUCUGCACAGGAGACUUUUGAAACAUGGCACAGAAGAUUGGGACAUGUGAACUAUCAGGAUCUGCUCAAGUUGUCCACCAAACAAUGUGUCAGGGGUCUGCCAACUUUAAGUGGCAAGACUGACAAGAUCUGUGGAAGAUGCAAGACUAGGAAGCAAACUAAGUCUCCUCACAAGACAAUAAACUUUGCAACUACCACACAAGUACUGGAACUGCUACACAUGGAUCUCAUGGGACCAGCUCAAACUGAGAGCAUUGGAGGAUUAAGUCAGAGAAUGAUAAUGGAAAAACAAUCCACAAAUAUGUGCUUGGUAAGAGUAAGGUCUGAUAAUGGCACUGAAUUCAAAAAUGCUGCUUUUGCUAACUAUUUCCAUGAGUUAGGUGUUUCUCAUGAAUUUUCAGCUCCCAUUACUCCACAGCAAAAUGGAAUAGUUGAACGCAAAAAUAGAGUGCUGCUGGACAUGGCAAGAGUAAUGUUACACUCUGUAGGUCUAAGCACAAAUUUCUGGGCUGAGGCAAUUAGUACUGCAUGUUACACCAUCAACAGAGUCUUUUUGAGACCUGGAACUGAACAAAUAGCAUAUGAGCUGUGGAAGGGUAAGAAACCAAACGUAGGUCAUUUUCGUGUGUUUGGAAGCCCAUGCUAUAUCUUGAGAGAUCGAGAGCAACUUGGCAAAUUUGAUGCAAGAAGUGAUGAUGGUAUUUUCCUUGGACAGGAGGAGGUCUUUGCAGAUACAUCAUCAUCUUCCAGCUCAGGUUCACAAGACACAUCAGCUCAGGAAGAGAAUGUCGAUAGCAUCUUCGAGCCAGCUCCUCAAAUGAGAAUGUCAUUGGAAAAAUAUGAGAUGGCCUCAAAACUAGAAGCCAAGCUGCUCCACAGGUAA